GACUCCUGCGCGCGGCCGCACGUGAUGGCCGUCGGAGCUUGAGGAGAGCAUGAACGCCAGCGCCCCGCACGCGGCGCAGCCGUCCUCCUUCCAGCCGCCCACCAUCCCGGUGAUCAUGUUCCUCUUCGGCGUGGUGGGGAACGUGACGGCCAUCGCGGUGCUGCGCAUCUCGCGCAAGGAGCAGAAGGAGACCACGUUCUACACGCUGGUGUGCGGCCUGGCCGUCACCGACCUGCUGGGCACGCUGCUGGCCAGCCCGGUCACCAUCGCCACGUACGUGCGCGGCGCCUGGCCCGGCGCCCGGCCGCUGUGCCAGUACUCGGGCUUCGUCCUGCUCUUCUUCUUCAUGGCGCAGCUGUGCAUCCUGUGCGCCAUGUCGGUGGAGCGCUACCUGGCCAUCAACCACGCCUACUUCUACAACGAGUACGUCAGCCAGCGGCCGGCGGCGCUGGCGCUGCUCGCCAUCUACGUAGGCAACGCGGGGCUGUGCGCGCUGCCGGGCGCGGGCUGGGGGGAGGUCAAGCUGCAGCGGCCCGGCAGCUGGUGCUUCAUCGACUGGCACGGCGGCGGCAACCGCACGUCGGUGGCCGCCUUCAACCUGAUGUACGCCGGCGUCAACGCGGCCGUCGUGCUGGCCACGGUGGCCUGCAACGUCAUGGUGUGCGGCGCGCUCAUCCUCAUGCGCCGCCGCUUCGUGCGCCGCACGUCGCGGCGGCGGCGCCCGGCCGAGACGCGGCCCGGGCGCCGCCGGAGCUUGGGGCGCCUGGCCGCAGCCGAGAUCCAGAUGGUCAUCCUGCUCGUCGCCACUUCCGCCGUGGUGCUCGUCUGCUCCAUCCCCUUGCUGCUGAGGAUCUUCGUGAACCAGCUGUACAGCAACCAAAAGGAAGAGUCCACGGGGCUCAACAAAGACCUGCUGGCCAUCCGCAUGGCCUCCGUCAACCCCAUCCUGGACCCGUGGGUGUACAUCCUGCUCCGGAAGACGGUGGUCCUCACGCUCAUGGAGAAGAUCAAGUGUCUGUUCUGCAAGAUGGGAAGAGGCCGGCGAGGGGGCGGGGGUCGGUUCCGCUGCGGCGGCGCCCGCCCGUCGUCGUCGUCGUCGUCGUCCAUCGUGUCGCGGGACUCGCCGUCUUUGGUGUCGCGGGGGCGGCAGGGGACGGCGUGCACCUCGCUGACUUUUCUGUACCCGGCCGAGGGCGGGACGGCGUCCUUUCGAGAGGGGGCGGACGGGGAACGCGGCUCGUCACCGGCCCCGAGGGAGGUCGGGGGGACUCGCACGGAGCCCCGGGGGUGGCCCGCGGAGGCUCUGCCGCCGGAGAGCUCCAAGCCGGCUUUGCAAGUGUCGCUUACGGACAGGACGGCAAGCGCCCAGGAGAGAUGCAUCUGAGCCGAGACCGAAGCUCGCGGUUCAUCUCGUCGGCUGUAAAUAUUGGCGCUGGCCUCGUUGGCCACCGAGACGGAACGAAAUCACGCCACGGGGCUCGACGCUCAAUCCCGAUUCUCUUGACUGGAUUUACACCGAACCCCCGUUUUAGCUCCGAUUCGUUCCACGACCACCCGCAGUAAGUGAAAAUCAAUUUAAAAAAAAUAAAAACAUGUUAAGAAAUAGCACCCCCCUUAUCACUUGAAACACAUUUGAACUUCUCAAAAUGUACACUGAACCGCCGUGUCAAAGCAGAUUUAAAAAAAGAAAGAAAAAUGAUCCUCCAUUAUUUGGCGCAUCUAUGUGGCAUACUAGUGCCAAAGAACUACGUCGAAGUCACUGGAGGAGUUUCACUUCGACAAAAGUCCUGCUUUGGCGCCAUCUGUUGGCAUCUUUGAACUAUGUUAAAGUGAGUUGUGUGAUUGAGACAGAAGUAGUGUUCUGUCACCAUAUCUAGCGUCUAUAUAUUUGGGGGUGAGCUCAUUUCGCUGCUCAGGGGAAGGCUAGGUCUCAAGCGGGGGUUCCCUGUAAAAAUACAAGCCCGUCCCAUUUUUCAAAUAUUCCCAAUAUCGCACUUUUUCAAGAGUGUUCGCCAAAUGACAAGUAAGCUGUUCAAAUGUGAAUGUUUUUGUCGCAAGACGCUAAUUUAUUUUGGCGUGCGAAAAUGUGUACGUUCCGGUUUUCUCCGUGAGAAAAUGCCGAUACGACGAGACGACGGCCUCAACUGCGUGAGAGCAAAAGCCCUGAAAGAGCUCAGACGUGAUUCUCUUUACUGCAAAUUGUUAAUCUUGUCACGAAUGUGAUCCCAUUUAUCGUCACAUUGUCUUGAUGCAUCUGAAUAUUGUUUUUUUUU